AUGGAUUCCCAGCGGGCGAAGGCCCGCGCCUUGGAAGCCGAGAUCACUGCCUUGAGGCUGGCAUGCAUAGAGACACAGGCGCCCGGGGACGACGACUCUCAGAUUCGGAAAUCGUUUCAAGAAACACACCAAUCAGAUUCUGAAGAAUGGGGAUUGUCAAAAGAUCUGAGAAGUCAUCUUGGAAGUUUAGAAUCCGAACUUCAAUUUCUAAGUAAACUUAGUGGUAUCAGUAUAAGAAAUUACUGCAAGAACACAGAAGACCUAACUAGCACUGAGAUGGCAGAAAAGAGUAUUAAAAAAGUUUUGCAGAAACACAGAUUAUCGGGAAAUUGCCACAUGAUUACGUUUCAGCUUGAAUUUCAGAUUCUGGAAAUCCAGGAUAAGGAGAGUUUAUCUUCUGUUAUUACUGACCUCAGCAUAAUAAUGGAGCCCACUGAAUAUUCAGAAUUAAGUGAAUUUGUGUCGAGAGCAGAAGAAAAAAGAGAUCUGCUUAUGUUUUUCCAAAGCCUACGCUUCUUUGUGGAGUGGUGUGACUAUCGUAAGCGCACAUUUAAACAUUUCAAGGAAAAGUACCCAGAAGCUGUGCAGCUCUCAGAGGGGGCCUCCUCCAGCUGCAUGGGCAUUAGGAACCCCAGUCAACCCGGGUUUGAACUAGUCAUUGUUUGGAGGAUACAGAUAGAUGAAGAAGGGAAGGUUUUGCCAAAGCUGGAUCUUCUCACCGAAGUGCCGUUGCGAGCCCUGGAACUGGACAAGAACGGAGUCAUAGAAACUGCUCCUCUCAGCUUCCGAACCCUACUGGGCGUGCUAGGCAUUGAAGCCACUCUAGAAAGCCUGAUUAAAUCACUUUGUACAGAGGAAAGCAGCUAA